AAACAUCAACAAAAACAUAUGAACAUCAACAUGUCAGUGCAAUAGUUUUGGCAGAAAUCCUUGCAAUCUAAUUUAUAAUAAUACUUUACAAAUCCCAAAAUCCUAUAAUGCUGCAUAAUGAUCAUAGCAUUGCAGAUGCUGAUUAUUUUCCGUGAAUCUUUUUUGGCCCUUUUGAAUGGAUUGCUGCCUCCGUUUUUCACUCAACUGGUUAGGAAGUUGAGUGAUAACGGGCUGGUGCAUGUGAAAGAGGAAAUCGAAGACCAGGUUUAUGCAGACCACGAUGACGAAUGUGGAGUGGUAUUCUUCCCGCCGGUGUACGCUCAAAGGUAUGCAGCAGUCUGCGAUUGCCUUAUGGAUGAGCAGUGGUUUGGCAGGUUAGAAAAGGUCUUAAAUAUAGGGAAGCAUUAUGACAUAAAUUUCUUGAGAUACCUAACUGAAGUGGCGGGAGUAACACAAAUACUUGGUCUAGAUUUUGCACACUCUCUGAACUGUACCUGUGAUAUAUGUGACUUAUCAUUAAAUUAUUUAGAAAGAUGGGAAAAACCAUUGCAAAUUACUCUACUUCAAGGAAAUGCGGCCGACCCAGACUACCGGCUUAUUGGCUGUGAUGCAGUCAUUGCUAUUGAGAUGAUACAGAAGCUGUUGCCGCAUGAUCUAGACAGGCUCAUUCACAAUGUGUUUGGUUUUGUCAAGCCUUGGGUUGUCCUGUUUACUACGCCUAAUGCGGAUUUUAAUUGUCUUAUGAAGAAUUUGGACAAGAAUGGACUGAGGCAGUCAGAUCAUUACUUUGAAUGGACCAGAGAACAGUUGCAUGAUUGGUGCAGCAACAUUGUAAUGAGAUACCCAGAAUAUAUGGUCAUAUCAAGAGGCAUUGGCCCUGGACCGCCUGGCACCUCUCACUAUGGCUGCUUUAGUCAGCUUGUGCUCUUCAUAUCAAAACAUUACUAUAAGAAGAUGGAACUCAAUGUUAACAGCUUGGUGAUGGUUUCAAAUCUCCCAGAGCCUGAACAAGUAAGCGAAAUUGGCUGGAUAUCACCCAAGAAUGCGAAUAGUUCGCGUAGCACGUUCCAUAGCCUACUCGAAGAUGAAUCUUCAGAGAUUUGCUCCAGCCAAUACUCAUCUGAGGAUACUCAUUCACCAAGUUUCACACCCUUGACGAUUCAGGCUAUAGACAGGAGUGUUCAAUGCAACCUUGAUGUAGAAUAUGGCAAGAAAUUUGUUAUGUUCGACGAUAACGAAAUGUAUGAGAUUAAGAGACCUCGUAAGAGAUCCGACGGAGAUGUUUAUGAAAUUGGAGAUGUUGCAAGCAGGUUAAAUAACACCAUGCAUUACGUAAAGCAGUUCUCUAAAAUAACACAGUAUUUAAUGGAGAAAAACGAAUUUGACAAAAUGGAUUGGAUGGACGAAAUCCUACUGUUGAUAGAUCAAUUGUCAUGCAAAAUAAACCAACGUUCUGGGGAUGAAUGCCAUGUGUGGAACAACGUAAAUUGGGGCGAAAAUGUUCCAUAUUGGAACCAGUAUUAUAAGGUUGUGGGAGUGUAUAACUUUCCGUAUGAGGGGAGAUCCGAGGAAGAUGUGAUCCUCGAGGUGUUAUCAGAGGAGAUCAACAAGUUUUUUGAUAAGCACGUUCUGGGCAGAAAACUAGGGAUACCUGUGGAGGCGUUGAUGGACGCUGUCAAACAUAUCACGGAUGACGUUGAAAAAGUUAUUAUGGUCAUGGAGGACAGCGGAUACGAGUUGGAAGGUAAAUCCGUGGUGUACACUGGCGUCGAUGUCUCGCAGGCCAACUAUGACGAGGAGUUCGACUCCAGCUUUGAUUCCGAAUCCGUAUCCAAUGGAAGCUCUAACGGGCUCGAUUUUAAUGGCCGCUUGCUCAAUCGGACCCUUGGCCGCAAAAUCAAGAUGCUGCGUCUGAUGUUACCUCAAGAAGAGGACAUUAAGCAGGCUUUAGGCCAAGUCGUAUGUAGGCUGAAGAAGAUCGCGAUGAGCUCUGGGCCAUGCAUGCAGGGCCCGGAUCGAUCCAAAUGGCUUCAAUCGAAACUUCUUGAACUGUUGACGAUGACGGAGAAAUCGAUUUUGAGAAGGAAUCUGCGGAAAAACGAGAUCGUUCCGUUAAAAGGUUUGGGCUAUGACAUGGGGGAUAAAAUAAACGUCCAAUUGUCUAGAAUUAAAGCAGAAGAUGAUACAGCGAUAAGAUUUGUUGAAAAAUAUGAGGCUAUAUUGCGGAUGUCAGCAGAUAACUCUGACGAAGUGAAUUACGAACACGGCAGUGACAAGUCUUCUCCUUCCAAGGUUACCGACGGUUCGAAACAUAGUAGCAGUGUUGACAUAUCAAAGUUACAUGAUAAUAAAGAAUUUUGCAAAUUUCCUGCUUCCGAGACUAAUGAUCUAAGUUUGUCGCCUAACGAAGAAUUGACACGUUACACGUUAGAUGAUCAACACAUUGACAGUCUACAAGACUGGGAAGAAAAAGAUAUGAGUCUGUAUCAAGAAGAAACAAACGAUAUAAUAAUCAGAAAAUAUGGUGAUAAAAUUUCGCCAAAACAAUCUAAGCACAAGAAAUCGCACAAAGAUAAUAAAGGGAAAACCAGAACCAAAUCUAAGAAAAGGAAAAUAACUAACAGCUCAAACAGCAGUAUAUGUAAAAAAAAAUCGAAACACAGUGCGACUCUAAUAGCAGUGAAACGAAGUCUCGUACAUACAACUAGUAACAAAGUUCUGGGCAGGAAACAUGAUAGUGCCAGACAUAAACCAGGAAAAGUUAUGAACAAAUUGACAUACAAUAAUACAUUAGUCUGUAUUGAUACGAUGAGGAGGAAAAUGGGGCCUACGUUGGUACUCUCGGUUCCGCCCAAACCUAUUCCAGGCAGCAUACUUGAAUUAUGUCAUCCUCAUUUGCAUCACAAAAUAGCUGAGCCCUUACAAAAAACCAUCAACUCCAGGGAUGACACAGUCGAAUCACCUGUGGCCCCUGUGGCGGCCACUGAGCACAGUCAGAGGGUAGAAAUUUUGAGCCAGAGCAAAACGGUAAUGGUGGCUUUGCAAAGAAUGAUUGGUACUGACCCAGAUGUGGAUGCAGAAAUAUACGAGCAUGAAUUAGAGCUGUCAGAUUUGAACAGUUUGUUGAAUGAUAUCACAUACUUUGCUCAUACCGAGAAGAAUCCAUCUAAAGUUGCGGUAUAUGAUCCACCUGGAAUAGGCGCAUUCACUCAAGUUUCUACCAGCGUACAGCAAAAAAUUAACCCUUUGAAGACUCCGGUUGUAGAAAUUGUAACGCAAGACGGCCAGGAAUUUAUUGCUUUACAACAUACCAUUGGUACAGACCCAGAAAUUGAUACCGAAGAGUACGAGCAAGAAUUAAGGGAUUCGAAAUUAACAACUUCUCUUAAUAAUAUGGCAUCGUUCGAGAAGUUUCCUGACGGGGUAGGGAACGUGACAUCACGGGAAUUCUUUCUAUAUGAUUUAAAUGAGCCUACGACAUCGAAAGGGAUUCGUCACGUAAGCAUGGACGUGCAAUGCGGCACAGAGCGUCAGAUAUCUGCGACGACCUCAUUCACGUGUCCCUUAAACAUGCUUCGGCCGGCAUUAGAAUUUGAAGGUUCAAAUCAUGAGUAUCGGGCAGUCCUUAAAAAUGACUGCGUAACCUCGACGCACGACAUUUUGAAACCUUGUGAACCAAUGGCGUCUCCUUGGAUGAAAUCUGUUGGUAUCAAAAUAAAAGACUCAAAUCAUGAAAUUAAUAAUACAUCCAAAGAAACAGAAACUGUUUCUGGGUCUUUCACAAUAGUAGGUGACGAGUUCAUAAAUACACUACCCGAAAACUCUGUGCUAAUUGAAACUCUGCACCCUACCCUACUAGUGGAACAUACUCUUGACUAUACCAAGAAAACUAUACCUAAUAUACGAACUAGAAACAUCAAGAGCCCUAGCCCACAUGACCGGCCGAAAUGGAAUGAAAUUAAAAAGAAAGAUUCUAAUCAGGUAGUGUCUCGGGUUUUGCAUGUACCAAAGGGGGUACGGUCCAAACUGAGCUGUGGAGGUGUCCAUGUCCAUAGUUACAAAGAUUUGCAGGUAUCUGAAGACAUAGUUUACCAAGGCAAGUGGCAACGACACAGGCGAUAUCGCAAUCCUAAAAAAUCUAACCAACCUUCUUUGGAUAAACUAAAGUUUACCCGUAAAACGAGUGUCCCGCCAAUACUUCAAAAGCCGAUAGUUCAAAAAACCGUCGUUACGCCUAUAAUAAUCCGAAAUACUAAAGCGAACAAGAUGAAAGAAGCUGUAACUAAGAUGCACAUACAAGCUAAAUUAGCUCCCACAAAACAGCAAGUACCUAAAAAUAGGACCGUAAUUCGGCAGGUGCCAAAGGUUACAUCCAAGUCGAAUGUAAGUUAUUCAAAACCAAUAAAGGCGAAAUCAAAUAAGAUAAUUCAGCCUCCGCGGAAUACUAGAUUUGCAUCAAAGCCUACUAUAAUAAAAGAAAAUACCAUUCCGAUUACAAAGAAGAGAAAAGUGUACAUUCCUCCCUAUUUGGAGAAAAUGACAAAAAAGCAGCAUGUACCAAAAAAAUCCAGCAAGAUAGAGGCUAAAUCAGAUAGUCUGUCAAAUCUGUUAAAUAUAAAUAACGAACAGAAAACGUCGAUACCAUCGGAAUCGAAAGUUGAAGAUCUGUUAUCGGCGUUGGUAAAAGUCUCCAUUAAACCCCCAAAGGAUGUAAAUUACGUUGUGUUUCGGAAUGAAAUGGAGAACUCUCAUUGCAGAACUGCAGUAGAAAAUAUGCCCGUUACGGCCAGACCUAAUAGUAAGGAAGAUGUUUUAAGGCGCAAACUCAGUAAUCUCAGCAACAACGACUCUGCCUACUCAUCUACCAACAGCGCCCCCGUCGCGUUAAACCCAGUAUUGACUAAUCUCCAUCCUUUUCAAUUAAGUAGGAAAACUACGGCGAUAAAAUCAACAAUAAAAUCUAGCAUAAAAUGCGAAGGGACAGAUAGCAAAAUGGUUUCCAGAAUUAAGAAACUAGCCAAUUUAAUGUUUACGAAAAAAUCGCACACGAAUGUUGCAGAGCACUUGCCGAAAAUCUCUACUAUAUCACAAAACUGUUCGAAAUUGUCUCUAAAAAUUGAUUUAUUGUUAGACGAGGCAGGUAAUAAUGCUGCAUCUAGUGAAGAGUCAACGUCCAGUGUCACAAAAACAUUUUUUGAAAGUUCUGAUACCAACAUUAGAUUUUGUCGAAAUGACAAACAAGACUCGAAAACUACUUUAGUACUUGAUCCUAGUGAAUCAAAUACACGAGACUUGAAAACUGAAUCAGGUUUUGACUGUAGUGGAGCAAAAAGUGAUACUUCCAAUAAAAGCUCUCCCAGAAUUUUAAACAAUGAUGUGCUGUCGAAAGCGAUGGACAAUACUAGUGAAACCAUAACCGAUAGCUCUAAUGAUAUUUUAGAUGAAAUGAGAAAACUGUUAGAAGAAUGCUUGAACUUUAAAUAUACAUCGGAAGUGACUUUAAAUAGAGUUUCUGAGGAUGCAGAUCUAAAAUCUUUUGAUGUUGACAAUGUUACUCCUAUUGGAUCUGAGACGUAUGAGACUAGCAGUAGUUUUCACCGAACUUAUGGCGUUGGGUCGUUAGUAAGCCUGACGCAGAGUUUUACAGAUUUCUCGUAUAAGUCGCAGCCGUCAGCUUCGAAAAUUUCUGAGAGCCUUGCAGACGAAAGUUGGUACAACAUCGCUACUUCCAGGCCAGGAAGCGAAGUUCAAUCUGAAAAUAAGGAUAAUAUUAGCAUAACUCAGAAACCGAAGGCUGGUCUCGCGUUCAGCACUUUCUCCGUGAACGCUCAACCGAGUCCUUUAGCGUUCAGGCAACAGCCAGACUACGUUAACCUCGUCGAUUCCGAGACUGGGAGUUGUGCGCAGGCGGCUAGGCGAGCUACCUCUGAAGAAGUGUUGGUGUCCGGCCGUUCGUCCGAGACUUACGUGUCUUGCGCGGUGGACGAAGACGAUUCAAUCCCGAGCUGGUUGUAUAACAUCAGUCAGCAGGCGUCGGGUAGCUUCUCGUCGAGCCGGCACGCCGUCCUACCAGAAGUCGUCCCCGAACGGGAUUUUGACGUAAACGGCAACGAGCUGACGGUUCAUGGCGCAGGGGCGGGUGACGGCUGCGGGAUCCACAGCGACCAAUCGCAGGAUAGCUCGGGUCAGGGGACCUCGUUCAGCUCUACUGCAAGCUCGACAGUUCAUAGCGAUUCCAUCGUGGUAGACCCGGCCUCGUUCCUGGCAGACUAUUCACCACCGGGCGAACGAUCACAUUCCUCAGCAGUAGCUGCACCAGAGGAAUCGAUUGAAACUUUAGACAUUGCAGCGCCCGAAAACCAAAACCGGCAUGUAAACAGAAAUCGUAUCCCACGGAGCAUACACAGGGUGAGCUUGCCGGCCAGCGACGCCGACAUCAGCUCGAAUGACACGGACGUCGCCUCCGAUUAGAACGACAUUAUCGUUUAUUUUUCAAGCAUCGGUUUAUUCGAACUUUGUAACUAUGUAACACGUAUUUAAUCUUAGAAAUACAGCGAUUCACCAAAGCGAUCGAAUA